AUGCUAACGCGUCACUGUAGGGCAACAGUCUUGCGUUAUAUUCGGUCAUGUUUUCUGUUCACAUACAGCGACUUCAAAGUCAUAAUACUCCCUCAUACCAUAGUUGGUCUGCUUCAAGCAGGAACAGGCGGCCUGCUUACCUCAAAUCCCAAGCCAUCGUUCGCGAAUAUUUGCCAUCACACUCCUUACGUCGUGUUGUGGAAUUGGGUCAACCUACUAUCGUUUAAUAUUGCCAAUCAGCGGACCGAGGAGAGCAUCGCAGAAGACAUGGUCAAUAGAGCCUGGCGACCAAUACCGUCAGGGCUGAUGAACCGAGAAGAAGCCCGGUCAUUCCUCCUUAUACUUAUCCCAGUUGGACUCUGCAUGAGUCUUUUUGUCGGGGGAGUGACGGAGUCGAUGCUCAUGCUAAUCUUGACGUGGAUGUACAAUGACCUCGGAGGCGGAAAUGAUAAUUUUAUCGUCCGCAACGGGUUGAAUGGCGUUGCGUUUGCGGUCUUUACCCACGCAUCCACAGUUAUUGCGGCAAAUGGUGGCAAAUCGAUUCCAAAGGGUGACGAAAUAGUUCUUACUCCCACGGCGUUUAUCUGGCUAGGAAUCAUUGCAAGUAUCGUUUUUACGACGCUUCAAGUUCAGGACCUUCCGGACAUGGCCGGUGAUCGCAAACGCAACAGGAAGACAAUCCCCCUUGUGUUUGGCGAGGAGGCUAUUGGUACUGAUCCACAAAGGCUCUGCUGCGACAUAGGCCUUCAGGAGGCGAGGAACGACAAGAGGCCAAUCCCUGGCAAGGUCUGA